CAUACUUCUCAGGAAUGUAUAGGCGAUCUCGCGAGAGUUGCGCAGUGCAUGCUGGGUAAUCUUCCUUUUUGCGCAAGGUGCUCGUCGAGGAAGGGUUAGCCGCCAAACAGAAGAAAAUCCGCGAAAAUGGUUGCCCAAAAGAAAUCGAAAAAGAGUGCGGAGAAUAUCAAUGCCCGUCUGGCCCUGGUGAUGAAAAGUGGGAAGUAUGUGUUGGGCUACAAGCAGACUUUGAAAACCUUGAGAGGUGGCAAGGCCAAGCUGGUUAUCAUUGCCAACAACACUCCUCCUCUCAGGAAAAGUGAGAUUGAGUACUAUGCCAUGUUGGCAAAGACAGGCGUUCACCACUACUCUGGCAACAACAUUGAGCUCGGAACUGCCUGUGGAAAGUACUUCAGAGUCUGCACCCUCAGUAUCACAGAUCCAGGUGAUUCUGACAUCAUUAGAAGCAUGCCAACAGAGCAGCAACAGGCUUCAUAAAUAUGUAAGAUCGUAAUAAAGAGUGAAGCAAAUCAAA